AUGGGACAGGACUGCAGCACACUCACACGGAACAAAACACAGAACCACCAAGGUGCGGGGGGGGAGAAGGGUUCCGCGGUGAGUCAUGAGGCGCUCCUGCUCAUGGCCAACUCACACACCGACAUGGACGACUGGGUCCGCGCCAUCCGCCGCGUCAUAUGGGCCCCCUUUGGAGGAGGGAUCUUUGGCCAGCGUCUGGAGGACACGGUGCGUUACGAGCGUAAGCUGGGCCGGCGUGCGGCGCCCCUUGUGGUGGAACAGUGCGUGUGCUUCAUCCGCCAGCGUGGCCUCACGGAGGAGGGACUCUUCAGAUCGCCCGGCCAGGCCACCCUCGUCAAGGAGCUGCAGAACGCAUACGACCGCGGGGACAAGCCCCAGUUCACCAGUAACACAGAUGUCCACACGGUGGCGUCGCUGCUGAAGCUGUAUCUGAGGGAGCUGCCUGAGCCGGUCAUUCCCUUCGCCAAAUACGACGACUUCAUCUCCUGCGCCCAGCUGCUGUCCAAAGACGAGGAGGAGGGAGUACAGGAGCUGCUUAAACAGGUGCAGACUCUCCCACCAGCCAACUACAGCCUGCUCAAGUACAUCUGCAGGUUCCUGGACGAGGUCCAGUCCCACUCGAGCGAGAACAAGAUGAGCGUGCAGAACCUGGCCACCGUCUUCGGACCCAACAUCCUGCGGCCCCAGAGGGAGGACCCCAUGGCCAUUAUGGAGGGCACGUCUCUGGUGCAGCAUCUGAUGACGCUGCUGAUUAGCGAGCAUGAGCGGCUGUACCCGGGCGAGGGGGGGGGCGAGGGGGGGGGGCGGUGCCCAGGAUGGGAGCCCCCCCGCGGGGCCGAGCGCACUCAGGGCAACUGGCUGAUGAACGGGCUGUCGUCGCUACGGGGUCACCGGCGGGCGUCGUCAGGGGAACGCGAGACGCGAGACUCUGCGCGAGACUCCUCCUCCUCCUCCCACAGGCUGUCCACCUAUGACAACGUGGUGGCGUCUUGCUCCUCAUUGGCCAGCGCUGGGGUGGAGGGCGGGGCUAGUGGUGGGACCAGCUCGCCGUGGUCUGCCUCGUCGUCCUGCGAGAUCUCCGUGUCGCCGCCGGACUCUGCUGACCACGUGGACACCAGCGCCGUCGCCAUGGAGAUCUGCGCCGACGUCCAGCCAGAGGACAGAGUGGACACCGCACAGUCGCUAGGCAACCUGGUGGUCGGCCUGAAGGAGGAACUAAGGAGGCAGAAGACGGAGUAUGAGGCCCGCAUCCAGAAGCUGGAGGCCUGCAGUGCGGCGCUGUGCUCUCAGAUGGAGCGGCUGGAGCUGGAGAUGGAGUCGGAGCGCAAGAAGCAGCGCGUGCUGGAGAUCAAGUUACGCAACUCUGAAAGAGCGCGACACCACGCCGAGCAGCGCAACCAGCUGCUGGAGCAGGACAUGGACGCCUUCUUCUCCACCCUCGGAGACGCACGCACCAGCGACAUCUGACCACCGGUGUGUGUGUGUGUGUGUGUGUGUGUGUGACAUGGACGCCUUCUUCUCCACCCUCGGAGACGC